CAGAGCUGGAAUCGUGUGAGAACAGAGAGCUGUCAUGAAGUAGAACAGCUGGGACGUUUAAAGGGACUGAAGUGCGAGCCCACGAUCACACUUUACUGAGGUAAAGCCUCUGGGAGGGAGGAAGGACGGGUCAGCAUGGCAGGUGUUGGGGCGAACGCCCCUGCAAAUGCUGCCUGUAAGAUCAUGACCUUCAGACCUACCAUGGAGGAGUUUAAAGACUUCAACCAGUACCUGGUGUAUAUGGAGUCUCAGGGAGCACAUCGUGCGGGUCUAGCCAAGGUUAUCCCACCCAAGGGUUGGAAGCCACGUCAGAAUUACGAAGAUAUUGACGAUUUUGUCAUCCAAGCCCCUAUUCAGCAGAUGGUGGCUGGCCAAUCAGGUCUCUUCACGCAGUACAACAUCCAGAAGAAGCCUCUCACUGUGCAGGAGUUCCGCAGACUGGCCAACAGUGACAUGUACUGCACACCUCGAUACCUGAACUAUGAAGACUUGGAGAGGAAGUACUGGAAGAAUCUGACGUUUGUUUCACCCAUCUAUGGUGCUGAUGUGAGUGGCACACUGUACGAUGAGGGCAUUGAAGAGUGGAACAUUGGGCACUUGAACUCCAUCUUAGAUGUGAUAGAAGAAGACUGCGGCGUGUCCAUUCAGGGGGUAAACACACCCUAUCUUUACUUUGGCAUGUGGAAGACCAGCUUCUCCUGGCACACAGAGGACAUGGACCUCUACAGCAUCAACUACCUGCACUUUGGCGAACCCAAAUCCUGGUAUGCCAUACCUCCAGAACACGGGAAGAGGUUAGAGCGUCUUGCGAUAGGUUUCUUUCCGAACAGCUUUAAAAGCUGUGAGGCGUUCCUUCGACAUAAGAUGACUCUGAUAUCCCCUUCUGUACUCAAGAAAUACAGCAUACCAUUUGAUAAGAUAACACAGGAGGCCGGGGAGUUUAUGAUCACGUUUCCCUAUGGUUACCACGCUGGAUUCAACCAUGGAUUCAACUGUGCCGAAUCCACCAACUUUGCCAGUAUCCGGUGGAUCAAUUACGGCAAAGUUGCUACACAGUGUACAUGCAGUAAGGACAUGGUGAAGAUCUCAAUGGAUCCGUUUGUCAGACGAUUUCAGCCAGACCGCUACCAGGCUUGGACACAAGGCAAAGAUGCAUGCACACUGGAUCACACUCUGGCCACGCCCAGCACCACACCCGAGCUGCAGAGCUGGAUUCAGAGACGUCGCAGGAGGACACCUGCCACAAAAAGUCUUCAUUACCCGCGUGCAUGCUCCAAACAAUUAAAGACGGUAGACACUAUGCCAGUGAAAGGUGGUGCUCGAAGGAGUAGAGGUGCAGCUUUGACAUCAAAAAAGGAAGAAGAGGAAGAGGCAGUGAAACAUGAGAAAGAACUGCAGUACUCAGCUGAUUUAAAAGGUUUCACUGGUCCGUGUCGACAAAUGUGUGUCGUCAAGGUGACAAGAGUAGAAAGCGAUUUGCUGGCUCAGUCCACUCGACAACUCCGAGAUUCUUCCCUUGAGAGAACCUCGACCCCUCCGCUCACUGCCACAUCCUGCCAGGUAGAUCCUGAGCAUGCAGUCUCCCAGACGUCUGUAAUGUCAGAUGAAGGUCAGGUAUCCACAAAUCCUAGCACACAGAUGACUAAGGACAUGACUCUUAAUUCACAAAAAACUGCUGAAAGUUCAAAUCAAACUUUGAUCCCAAACUGUGAAUCUGCCUCAGAAACAAGUGCACCUUCUAUUUCACUGACCUCCUCACCACCCCUCAGGUCUAACAGUACCGCGAUUCUAUUUUCGGAAAGUGAAUCCCAACAAGCUAAAAUUGAAACAGACGGGACAACCGCCGAUAUCUCGACCGAGAGCAAUAUCGAGUGUGGCACAUCAGCACUUUACAAGGAGAAAAGCUCAAUCUGUCUAGACUCCGGCUCACAAGAAGACAGAACAAAGUCUGGAAUCCAUCAUGUGGCUUCGUUUUUCGAAAUGCCUCUUCUGACGCCCGAGGUCACAGAAGAGAGAUUGAAUCAGUCAUUUCUUGUGCCUGAGAUGCCCUCACUGACACUGGCUAUCCAGACGGACUCCAUGAAACUCCUGCUUGACAUUCCGAACACUACUGAAGCACCUGUUCUCCAUCAGGAAAAAUCACAUUUACCUCCUGUUAUUACAGAUGACACGCCGACUUGCUCUGCAAGCGCCUGUAACGAUUGGCUGUACACUACACCUCAAAACAUUUUUGGCCAAACACAAAACUCAACCUCAGACGCUUGCAUAGCAGAUCCAGAAUCUCCUUCCUCAAUCACACAAUGGGAACCCCCAGAAAAGAAGUCUAAACAGGAAGGACAUGAACACACUCUCCCAUCCGCAGACACACACACUUCCAUUCUUCCUCUGUCCGAACAACUUCAGAUCGCCACAAAUUGUCUUUUGCAACCUUCCACACUAGCAGAAAUGAAUUUUGUAGAUGCUCAAAAUUCUGAAAUGACCGAAAGUUCAUGUUCUGACAGAGAUAACAAACAAACUUCUCUGUGUAAUGAAGAGCGUCCCAGCUCUCUCACUGCAUCCUUAGGUCCCUUCGUAGAUUCCAAACCCUUCACGUCCACCAUUUGGAAAAACCUCAACUCUCAGAGUCCUGCGGUGCUCAUUGAAAGUUUGCAGCCUGAGUUGGUUGUGGGUCUUGCUCAAGGUGUAGGCAGUCUCAACGACUACACUCAUGAUUCACUUUCCUACACCAUGUGGUCUGAAUCAAACUGCCUGCAAGAAAAGUCCACCAAUUCUCCAAACUCUUCACCUUGUGCGCAGGCUUGGGGCAACUUGGGACCCGGUUCCAAACAAGGGUCUGGUUCAGAGAUAACCCAAAACCUUCAAAAAGUGGAAGUAGAAGAAGGUGAAGCUUGUGUUCUUGGAGAGCAGACAGACUCUCAGGCACUUCAGGCAGAGGAGAACAAAAGUCAAGAGUAUUAUGAAGGUGUGAAGUCAGAACCCGAUGGUUCCGUAAGCGACUCGGAUUCUUGUGAAUCUAGAGUAAGAGGAGUUGACAGCAGCAGUGAAUCCAGUGAUGAGAAUGCUUUGAGUGACCCAGAGUGUGGCGAUGCAGGUCUGGAGCCGGGGGAAGUGUGCACAUAUCACAUUCAACCUGUUAAGAAGACCACCAAGAGUUGGCGUCAUCCCCUGAGAAAACCCACAGCGAGAGCAGUACCCAGUGCUGUGAAACAGCAGGCUGCCAGUGAUGAUGAGACCAUAGAGGAGUGUGAAUCUAAAGAAGAGGAACCAGAGACUGAGGAUUGGGCGAAACCUUUGGUUAAUUUGUGGCAGCAUAGGAAAGCUCAUUUCCAAUAUGAAAGAGAGUUCAACAUGACUGCGGCUCAAACUGCUCCACACUGUGCUGUCUGCACCCUUUUCAUGCCUUACUGCCAGACUGAAAAUUUGGAAGAAAGAAGGCAUGAAGUCUCGAUGAGUGCUACGACUCAGACACAGGGCUCCUUUUUACUGGAGGCGGGCUCAAGAUCACGACCCCUUAUCCCUGAAAUCUGUUUCGCAUAUGAGGAGGGUCCCUGCCCUUUGAACACACUUUUGGAGGAGGAUGGAUCCAGUCCUCUGGUGGCCUGUGACAAUUGUUGUGUUCAAGUUCAUGCCAGUUGCUACGGUGUUGCUGCUCAUGACGUCGGCCCAGUGUGGACAUGUGACCGAUGUGUAGCCGGAGACCUGGCAGCUGGAUGCUGUUUGUGUAACCUAAGAGGAGGUGCAUUAAAAAUAACCAUGGAUGACAGAUGGGCCCAUGUUAUGUGUGCUGUGGGUCUCCCUGAGGUCAAGUUUCUUGACGUUGUGAAGAGAGCUCCUAUUGACAUCAGUGCCAUCCCUGUUCAGAGAUAUAAACUGAAGUGUGUAUAUUGCCGUAACAGAAUAAAAAGGCUGUCUGGGGCAUGUAUACAGUGCUCGUGUGGACGUUGCCCCACCUCUUUUCAUGUCACAUGUGCUCAUGCUGCUGGAGUGCCCAUGGAGCCGGACGAUUGGCCGUAUGUGGUUUUUAUCACCUGUCACAGACAUCAAUCACGGAGCUCAAGUGCUAGAAUGAAAGUAAGCAAAAGUGAAUUGGUUGUGGGCCAGACAGUGAUCAGCAAGCACAAGAACCUACGUUACUAUAGCUCUCGUAUUACUCAAGUUACCGCCCAAACAUUCUAUGAGGUCAUGUUCGACGAUGGCUCAUUCAGCAAUGAUACAUUCCCUGAAGACAUUGUGAGCAGAGACUGUGCCCAGUUCGGGGCUCCUGAGGUGGGGGAGGCUGUUCAGGUCAAAUGGCCCGAUGGACUGUUUUAUGGAGCAAAGUAUCUAGGCUCCAACACUACAUAUAUGUAUCAGGUGGAAUUUGAAGAUGGAUCACAAGUAUUAGCAAAAAGAGAGGAUAUUUACACUCUGGAUGAAGACCUUCCUAAAAAGGUCAAGGGUCGUUUGUCCACAGCCUCUAGCAUGCGUUUCGAGGAUGCAUUCUUCACAACCCAAGCUGAAAGAAAAAGACGACGCACCCCAAAUUCUCGGUUUCAGACGGAUUACAUCGCCCACAUUAGUCCUCGAACCUUCGCAAGGGCCUUGGAAAUGCACAGCAGCAAAUUCAACUGACAAGAGGGACUGUUUUUGAAUUCAAUUAGGGAAUUAAAGAUCAGUGAGACCAUGAUUUUUAAACGCUGCAGAAAUACCGUGGUCUUAUAUGUCAGGGACAAGAAUGUUUUUCUAAAUUAGAAGUUUUUCCUGUUAUAUUUAAGAGGUUUUUCUAGCCUCUCAUGGUAUUCUGCAUUGUAAUCUCAUAAUUCCCCCAACACUGUUGAGACUAAUUUCUCCUGCAUGCUUGUUUUGUAAAUUAUUUGUCUUGUGCCACGCACCAUUAUGAGUCAACAACAAUAUUAACAUUGAGCUUUAAUCAGUAUAAAUGUUAAAAUCAAAAAAGUUGCUACUGAAGUCCAUGUGAAGAAGCACAUUUAUCUUUAAACCUUUAUUUUCUAUUUAUUUGGGGUUUUAUUCUUUCUUUUCCAAGUGGUGCUUAAACCUAAUGAAAAAAUUUAAAGAGAUUUAUGUUU